UGAAAAGGCGCGGGAUAUCUUUAGAGCGCCCACCGUUCUCGUCGCUCAAAGCCGAGCAUUUGAACAUUGGCGACCACAAGCCACGACCAAGAGCAAACAUGGGCAAGACGAUGGACCCCGCUGCGAACGUGGACCCGAAGACUGUCCUCUUCGCCCUCAAGUUUCUCAACACAGCGCCAAAGGACAAGCUCCUGGAGGCAUUCGAGCAGCUGAAUGACGCGAUGAUCGACAAAUUCGUCGACCAGCGCCUCUUUGGCGGCCUGAAGAAGCUCGAUGACAUUGUUGAGAAGAAGAUCAUGCGGAAAAAGAAGUACGAGGAGUUCCGCAGCACCCUAAUCGACUUUGCGGAGAUGCACAAGCCCAAGGAAACGAGCAACCAAGAGUGAUUGGGCUCACGACUGCAGCAUUGAUAGCUGUGCCUAUGCACAGUAAAAGUAAAGACGUUGAAUGGCACUGUGUAUGACG